AAAAUAAAAAUUUCGAAGUCAUUUACGUUCCUUUAGAAACAACUAGCGCCAUCUAAUGACAAAAAAUUAUAAUUAUAAAGUGGUAGAAAACAAUUUCUGGCAUAUGGCAACUGGAUUCAUUCAACUGUCAAAUAAUAACGGUUGCUGGACACCUGCCGUUUUUUUUGUUUACACUAUUUAAACGGAAAGUUAUCAAUGAAAGUGAGCGAUAUAUUAAUAAAUUACAGAUAUAAGUUGAAAAUGAUUGUGUAUUGUGCGUGCUGAUACUGAUUUCCUUGAUGUUUGCUGCAGUAUAUUGUAAUUUUCAAGAUUGCAAUGGACCCAGUAAACAACAAUCAGUUUGAAGUAGUACCAGCAAAGAGUAAACGGAAGAUAGCAACUCCUUGCCCCAACGCCUACCUCAACCCAGCGUUGGACAUCCUUGCCAACGAGGACCGUAUGUGCAACACUGCUAUGGAGAUCACACAACCCAUCAAGAAGAGGAAACGAACUCGAAGCUGCGGUGACAUCGCUACAUUUGACAACUCCGCACUAGACUUAGGAGCAAACAAGACAACAGUCAACAAAUUACUAGCUAGAGAGAUAGAAAAUGUACGAAAGAACGUCAGAUAUGAUGCGACAGAAGAUACGAGUAUGGAUUCAAGUGAACCGAUCUAUGCAAACUUAACAGUAGCACCGCAGUUGCCGCCUCGUAAUGACAACUCCAUAACAUUCCAAGAUAUCACCCAAGAUAGCUGUCAUUCACAAACUAUGCACCUUAACAAUGAAGUCAUGGACAUGUCUGUCACUCAUGAUGAUAUUGAUUCCGGAAUAUCAGUAUUAGAACAGAAAUCUUUAAGCACUAUGACAAAUGAAGACACAAAAGUAUUCUCACCUAUAACCAAUAUACACACAAAUGUAACAAACCAAGUAUUCAUCAAUAAUUCUAAUAAUUUGAAUCUAAGUUUCAUAGACAGACUUGGUUUGGACUCACCGAAUUUGUCCAACCAAUCUUUGUUCUAUGACGAUGAUUUGAAUGAAAGCAAUAUUAUGGAAAUCAAAACUAUCACAAUUAUUACCAAAAAGAAACGGAUUAAUACUAAGAAUACUAAUCCUUUCCUAGAUCCAAAUAUAGUGAACGCUUUGCCAAGAGAUAUUCCAAGAGAAAAUCCAUUUUUGUAUCUGGAUGCGACAAAGCCUGAGUUGGAAUAUAGUGAGGAAGUUCUCACCAGGCCUGCAGUACUUCCAAACCAGAGUGAAAAAGUACUUGAACCUCGCAGAUUAUUUGGAGACACGAACAGCACAAUAUCCUCAGUAAAUGAAUCUUUGGACGGUCAACCUGAGUAUGAGAAUAUAGAUAACUAUAGACCAGAAAGCCCAGUUUACGAAAAUAUUGAUGAAGUAAAUGAAUUUAAUAAGCAAAGCAGGAUUUUAGGGCAUGAUGUAUCACAGUUUAGUGCUGUAGACAUUAUCAAUUUGAAUAAAAACGCUCACCAAGACUCCUCAAAUGAUUCCAAUGACAGCAAAAAGGUAAAAAAUCCAUUCUUGAAAGUAGGCAAUAGAUUAUCCAAAAGAGUGUUCAAGACUUUGAGAAAAACAUUUAAAGGAGAGAAGACAGAAAAUAAUGUAACUAUAAACCCAUAUGAAGUACCAAGAAAAUUGCCAAAACAGAAGACUGAGACCAAAGAAUCAGGUAUUGAAAACCCAGCACUGAAUUUAGACAAUUCAGAUGAAAUUGAGAUUGAAGAAAUUGAUGAUCAUGAAUAUGAGACUGUUAAAACUAUAAGGAAUACACAUCUUAAUAUGAAUAUAACUCCCUUGAAAGAAAGGAGUGAUAAUGCUGAUGUAUCUCACAAUAAAACCAACACCCCGGGUAAGAAAGUCCGGUUUGAUUCUACUCUGAACCAAGAAAAGGUUAUAACAGGGAAUAGUUUCGACUAUGACAUUCAAAGCCCGGGGUUUGACGCUAAAAUAGAUAAGUACCAUGAUGAGCUAGAAAACUGUAUAAAUGAGCGAAAAUUCUUACAGCAGAAUAUGUAAGAACUUAUUUUUUAUUUUAUCACUAAGACUAAUAUUAUUAUACAUAACUUACAACAUGUAUGUCAAUAGAUUUCAUGAACUGGCAUGAGUUUUAACCAGAGCAUGUAAUAUCGGACUUAAAUUACAGGAAAAUUUGUAAUGUACAAAUGGUACCUCUCUACCUAUGUAUUUAUUUGAUAGGAUUUUCAGUCAUUAUAAUUUUAUUUUAAGUUAGAUUAUGUUUUAUAGAUUUUAAUUUCAAUGUACUUAUUUGAAUUGUGAUUUUUACACAUGUCGACUAUUUAUAAGCAUUUUAGUAAUAAUAUUAUGAUUAAGUAUUUUCCUAUGGAGUCCAAAGCAUAAUAUUUUCCAAAGUGAUAGUUUUAAGAUGAUUUUGUGUUAUCUUUUUUUUUCAUUCUUGCCUUUAUAUUCGAUUCAUUGAAAUAAUGAAACUCCGUAAACUUUCAAGUAGAGGCUCUCUAUGUUCUUAACUUAUUCAGGUGUAUUUAUUAUAUUUAACUUUAUUUUAAUGUAAGCUUUAAUUUAUUCUUGCCUUUUAUGGUUUGAAAGUAAAUUAUAAUUUUGC